UAAUUUCCUCGCCUGGCUCCUCCUCCUUCUUCGUUCAUGUCAAUGGUUGUGGGGUGGGUGGUUGCCCAUGAGGAUUCUGGAGCACGGGAUUUCUUUUGACCGGUUUGAGAGAUCGGAGCAGGAUCAGGAGCAGGACGAGGAAGAGUCUGGCAAGAUGCGAAGACCUUUCUCCAAUUCCGAAGCCAGUUUCGAAAGCGCUUCUUCUUCGAGUUUGAUUGAUCGAUUGAGGAAGGAGGAGUGACGGGGGCCUUGUACCUGACGGGAAGAGAAAUUAAAGAAAUCGUUCUGAGUGAAACAUUACAGGUUCUUGCGGAUUUUGUGCUCGUGAUUUGUUGUUUUCUUUAGUGGGCUUGUUGAAUGAAGCUGGGUUAGCGCUGAGAGUCCGGCAUUGCUUGAGCCUUGGAAGAGGAGAUGGAGAUGAACACGAUGAGCAGGGAGCAAGAGCAGUAUGAAGGUGAUGCUCGGACUUUGGAGCAGUCGAGCUCGCGGAAGAAGCAUGAUCCCAGGGAAGACAGAGAAGGUCUUCUGGACGUGAUGAAAGAAAUGGUGGCGGAGUUGACGAAGGACGGAAGAUCUCGGAGAUCGAUGCUCUUAGGGUCCCGCGAAGUGGUUCAGCAAAAAGCUCCGCGUCUCAAGCAAGCUGCAAAACAGUCGUCCGAGGACCUCGUGCGCUGGAUUAAUCAAGGUGGCCAGUGGCGCUCGUUCCUGAUUACAGUUACAGGACUUAUCGCGCUUUUGGGAUUAACUGGAGUGGCUGCAUUCUUGGUUUUCUUCGUCAUAGCAACAACAAACACGAUUGUCGUAGCACUACUGGGAUCAAUGGCAGCUGUGGGUGCUUGUGUAGCUGUCUUCUUCGCAGCAUUGACUGCAAUUUACAUUGGUGCCCUUUCAAUCGCGGUGUUUGUCAUAUCGUCCAUCGCCUUCAUGACUAUGUUCGCGGUGGUGACUGCUGCAAGCUGGAUAGCAUUCUGGUGGGCCUCAUGGCAGUUAGUAACAAAAGUUUUCGAUGUUGCCCGGGGAUCUAUUGCCUUGACUGCAUCAUCCUUGCAAGGAGCCACUGCUAAGGGACAUACCAAGAUUGCUGUAAUAGACGGACAACCUCACGUUUUAAAUGCUCUCUAGUUCGUCCAACAAGUUUUGAACGACUUGAUUUCUUAACAGAAAUAAGAAAACAGAUAGCACAGUCUAUGGGAAACGUCAAUCAGAGCUACGUGGAGUUGUCUAUCCAUUAGAGAGCUAGGGAGCUCGAUGGGCUGUUCGUUACUCGAGGGAAUGGUUUCUCCUCAGAUUAGUGAUGUGCACCACCCCUUAAACCAUGGUGAUCUAUAACAAGAAGUCAACAGCUGAGGGUGUCACAUCCUUGUAAAUUUGUAAUCAUAUCGGGAAUAAAACCAAUCGCGCAACCUUGC